CCGAGUUACUCCCACGUGUGUAUUGUUUAAACUGCUCGAGCCUGUUAGUAGCAGUGCUGUGAUUGAAACCUGUAUAGCUGAAUGAUGGCAGCCGCGGUGUCCGUUAACGUAGCAGCCAGAGAAGAGAACUCCAGCGUCGGGCCCAACUUCACCGCUCAUCAGUUAUAUGGUCACUGUGACGCCGCGGCCGAACAUGGGGAGUGGGCUUCAAUGGCAGGCAGUGAGCCCGAUGGAGAACCUGGCGACGAAGAGGCAUCCACGGGAGAGGAGGGCCACCGGAGAGUCGAUGAAGAAUUGUCGGUGCUGAGUCCGAGUGAGAUAGAAAAGCGUUUGGAAAGAACACGCCGGGAGUUUUACAAUCGCCGAAAAAUUAUCAUUAAAAAUCUGCCGGCUGAUAUCAGCAACCAGGAGGUGCAUGAGCUGUUAUCCGACUAUGACCUGAAGUACUGCUUUGUGGACAAGUACAAAGGAACUGCGUUCGUCACCCUGCUGAACGGCGAGCAGGCGCAGUCGGCCAUCCAGCAGUUCCACCAGCGUCCGCUGCGGGAGCGCGACAUCUCCGUGCAGCUGCAGCCCACCGACGCCCUGCUCUGCAUCGCCAACCUGCCGCCCUCCUUCACCCAGCAGCAGUUCGAGGAGCUGGUGCGGCCCUUCGGCAACCUGGAGCGAUGCUUCCUGGUGUACAGCGCCUCCUCGGGCCACUCCAAGGGCUACGGCUUCGUGGAGUACAUGAAGAAGGACUCGGCCGCGCGCGCCAAGUCGGAGCUGCUGGGGAAGCAGCUGGGCGCGCGCAUGCUGUACGUGCACUGGACCGAGGUGGGCUCGGUCACCUACGCCCUGCUGCACUCCCGCUGCCUCUGCCUGGACCGGCUGCCCUCGGGCCUGCUGCACGGCCAGCACCUGAGCCAGGCCCUCAGCCUCGCCUACGCGCCCCUCUUCUGCCAGCUGGCCCAGGGGCAGGAUGGUAGUUUCCACCGUUUUGCAGUUCUGGAAUUUGCCACGGCGGAGAUGGCGGAAGAGGUCCAGAGGGCGACUGACGGGCGUGCGCUGGGCGGGACAAACAUUCGGGUUUCUUUCUGCGCCCCAGGGCCCCCUGGGAGGAGCAUGCUGGCUGCCCUCAUCGCUGCCCAGACAAUGGGGUUGAACAGAGGCAAAGGGCUCCUUCCAGAACCUAGUGCUCUGCAGAUUCUGUCGAGCCUCAACAACCCGGCCACUCUGAGGAUGCUGCUGAACCCCCUCGCUCAGGGCAGGAAGCAAGGCAUCCUGGGGGCUGCUGCUGCCUUGCCGCUGUUGGCCAAUCCCGCGCUCUCGGCUGCAUUGCUGCAGCUGCUGCUGCAAAACCAGGCCCAGAUGCAGCAGGCGGGGCUCCUGGGUGAAACGCCAAUCACAGCUCUGCCUCUUCAGCAGGGAGGGGCUAUGAUGCCAGACCUUUCCCCAGGCGGCGUGAUACCUGACACUCCAGGACCGAUCAGGCCUCCCGCCAUGGGCCACACCCUCCUCAGGGAGUCUCCCACGGCGCCGCCGCUCUUGGGCGGCAUGCUGGGUGGAGAGGGGCCGGCCACGCCCGGGGUGUCCAUUUUGGGGGAGCUGCCCAGAGUCGGGACCCCACCCCUCGCAGCACACGGUCUGUUCUCAGGUCAUCCCUCGGGGGGCAACUGCAGACCGCACCCGUACAGGAAGAAGCCUCUGCCGGGCAGUAUGACAUCACAUCGCCCUGCACGGAGCCUCCAGUGCCAUGAACCGCAGUACCUGCCUGUCCACCAGGAUGGGCGGAGCCACUUGUUUGAGGCUCAGGAAGACCUGGACCCCAACCUUCUCGGAGGAUUUGGACAGCAGCACCUGCACCAGCCCAGCUACGCUUUUCCCCUGAACCCGCCUCUCUCCACCUACUACAGUUCCUCCGCAGUUGCUGCCCCCUCUGCCCAGCUCAACAAGGCUGUGGGAAUGCCCCCCAUGUCUCCGGCUAGCAGUCUGUACUCCUCUGCCCCAGGGGCCGCUAUCAAGACGCCCGUGGGGGGGCAGAAGCGGUUGUUCUCCCGGCUCAUCCCCUCCCCUGAGCCCAGCCCGGAGGGCGGCUACGUGGGCCAGCACUCGCAGGGCCUGGGGGGGCACUACGCCGACUCCUACAUGAAGCGCAAGCGCAUAUUCUGACUGGAGGCCCCCUGAAAUCCUCCGCUGCGUUCCUGCCCAUGACCCCCAGGGGGAGCUGUGGCUCCUGCCCGCACCCCGGGUCAGCCUGCUGCUUUCCUCCCAUUGGCCAGUUUGGUCACCUAGUGGGAUAUUUGUUUGUAAAUAUAAUUUUGGUGUGUAUGAAUUAUUUUUUUUUUUCCAAUUUAAUUUUUUAACCUUUAUUUUAGUGGACCUUUAUGUUAAAUGCAGGAAUUGAUUUGUGCUGAAAAUAGCCUUUGGAACAAGUUCAACAUUCCUGCUUUUUAUAUAUAUAUAUUUUUUCCCCCAUAUGGAAUGUAGUAUGCCUUUCCUCCAUGGCUAGCUUGCCUUGUUAUCUUUCUUUUUUUCUUUUUCUUAUUGGGAAUCGGCAUUUCUGUAAAAUAUAGCUUCCUGUUAGGUGUAUGGAGUUUUGAUUGGUUGGGAGCAGCGUGGUGUUAGACUUUGUUUCUGUGUUUCUUCUCACUUCCUCACAUGGUUUUAUUUUGCUCUCUUCUCACUGUUCUCCCCGGGCGUUUUUGUGUUCUGAAGCUGUUAAAGCUGUUAAAGCUGGUGAAGACGCUGUGUUUCCGCCGUCACGGAGCAUCCCAGAGGCGUGGAGCCCAUGUCAGUUUGCCUGGUCUCCCCACUUCGCCACUGGAGUCUAACACUGUUGCUGUUCGCCCUCCAGGCCAGUAGAUGGAGAUGUUUCCCCCUGCAGGCCAGUAGAGGGACACAUUUCUAAGCAGUUGGCAUGGCCUGCAUAGGGCUUUUGGGGUUAGAGCUGGCCUUGUGAGAGCCCUAUGUAAUUGGUUAUAGGCUGGUGUAAUGUGCUGAUUAGAACGCAGUGUCGGGCAGCCCUCCUGCGAUCUUUUAGGUUUAUAAGAUUCGAUUCCUAAGGCCUUUGCUUGUAUUUCUGUAAUUGUGGUUAGUCAGCAUUUGCUGUUAAUCCUAUUCCAUUGGGGGGGGUGAUUAGAACGGCAAUCCUAUUUGUCAGUGAUUGCUAUUAAUCUCUGCCGGCUGUGACUUUUACAGAAAUGUGACUGGUCAGCGAUAGCAUUAGUCUCAGGUCCGGUAUAGCCUUUAUCUGCAGGUACAUUAUGAUUGUGAAAACGCAUUACCUCUGAUAUUUACUGCUAGUCAUUUCUUGACCUGUUUAAGCCUGUGCCUUUUUCUAUGUAAUCCAGUUUGCUAUUAACAGACUUUUAAAUGCUUACCGUGUUUUUGCUGUGUACAUAUUGAGGUUACAGUGGUAUUUGAAGUCAUCGUUUCAUUUAGGUGUGUGUGUGUGCUUGUGUUCUCGACUGAGUGAUUAUAAUCCCAAAGUGAAGCUUUCUGUGUUGUGGUUGAUGACUUGUACUUUGUAUGGAGCAAGACAAGCUAAUGUCUUUGGCUUAAACUAUGCUGUGUGUCACAAUCUAUACCGCUAUACUCGCCAGUUUUAUUUUGUGCAAGGUUUUUGAACGAGUAAAUGUUAUUUAAAUUUG